GGCGCAGGAGCUGGACCUGGCGCUCGAGAGCCAAGCUGAGCGUCCUUUGUGCCGGGUAACCGCCCAGGGAUGCGUCCGAGCUAGAAGACAGGCAUUCCCAAAUGGAAGAUGACCCUCCAGAAGGUGGAAGCUUUGUGUGUAUGUCUACCCCAUGCUGGGAGAGGGUCCAGGAUGGGAGCUGUGUCUAUCUGGGCCUCAGGCCUCCUUUUGCUCCAGAUGCUGCUUGUGGUGGCUGGGGAACAGGGCACACAGGAUGCCACCACUGUUGCCACCACUGCUGCUGAGAAGGGGCUCCACAUGCAGAAGGUGGGGUCCGGUUCUGUGCGAGCUGCACUGGCAGAGCUUGUGGCUCUGCCCUGUCUCUUCAGCCUGCGGCCACGGCCAGGGGCAGCUGGAGAAGCCCCUCGGAUCAAGUGGACCAAGGUGCGCACCGCAUCAGGCCAGUGGCAGGACUUGCCCAUCCUGGUGGCCAAGAACAACGUGGUUCGAGUGGCCAAGGGCUGGCAGGGACGUGUGUCUCUGCCUGCCUAUCCCCGGCACCGGGCCAACGGCACGCUGCUACUGGGGCCACUGAGGGCCAGCGACUCCGGGCUCUACCGCUGCCAGGUGGUGAGGGGCAUCGAGGAUGAGCAGGACCUGGUGUCCCUGGAGGUGACAGGUGUUGUGUUCCACUACCGGGCAGCCCAGGAUCGCUAUGCGCUGACCUUCAUCCAGGCCCAAGAGGCCUGUCGUCUCAGCUCAGCCACCAUUGCAGCCCCACGGCACCUGCAGGCCGCCUUUGAGGACGGCUUUGACAACUGUGACGCUGGGUGGCUCUCUGACCGCACUGUUCGGUAUCCUAUCACCCAGUCCCGUCCUGGUUGCUAUGGCGACCGUAGCAGCCUUCCAGGGGUGAGGAGCUAUGGGAGGCGCGACCCACGGGAACUCUACGAUGUGUAUUGCUUUGCCCGUGAGCUGGGGGGCGAGGUCUUCUACGUGGGCCCGGCCCGCCGCCUGACCCUGGCCGGUGCUCGUGCCCAGUGCCGCCGCCAGGGCGCCGUGCUGGCCUCGGUGGGGCAGCUGCACCUGGCCUGGCACGAGGGCCUGGACCAGUGCGACCCAGGCUGGCUGGCAGAUGGCAGCGUGCGCUACCCGAUCCAGACGCCACGCCGGCGCUGCGGGGGUCCGGCCCCUGGUGUACGCACAGUCUACCGCUUCGAUAACCGCACGGGCUUCCCUGCACCUGGAGAGCGCUUCGACGCCUAUUGCUUCCGUGGUGCGUGGGAGGCCAGCCCGGGGGAGUGCGUCCCUGUUGCUGAUGCUUCCGAGGCUCAUUACCUUUCUCCACAACAUGGAGACCCAGAGACCCCCUCAUCUGGGGAUGAGGGAGAGAUUCUAUCCGCAGAAGGACCCCCAGCCCAAGAACUGGAGCCCAGACUGGAGGAAGGGGAGGUGGUCACCGCUGACUUCCAGGAGCCUCUGGUGUCCAGUGGGGAGGAAGAGCUUCUGAUCUUGGCAGAGAAGCAGGAGUCUCGAGAGACCCCUAGCCCGGCCCUUGGGGUUCCCACGGUAGCCUCAAGACCUUCCCUGGAGGCUGAGGAGGAGUGGCUGAGCACUGUGGCCCCCUACUCCAGCAGCCUGGAGGCCAGCACUUCGGCUAGCACACACAGGGAGGCGACUCCAGCUGGCCCCACGCCUAAAAGGAGGGGACGGUUUAAAGGGUUGAAUGGGCGACACUUCCAGCAGCAGGAAUCCCAGCAAGGGCUGGAGGGGAGGCUUGAGGUCAACACCCAGCCCCCCACCACCCCAGAGGCUGCUGGGAAUCAUGUGGAGCCUCCCCUGACCACUGCAGCCACAGACUCAUUAGGGAGUGGCAGGAGCCAAAGUCCCUGGGCUGUGCUGUCCAAUGAGGUGGAUGUGCCUGGAGCUGGUUCCCCUGGUGGCAGGAGCUCCACAGAGCCCUGGCUGUGGCCCCCAACAGUGGCCCCACCCAGCAUCCCAGGCCCCAGCAGAGCCCUUGGCUUCAAGCUGGAGGAAGCCAAGCGCCCCAGUGUGAGGCUGGCCACCCCCAAACUGCCCCGGUCCCACUCAGAGGCUACUGCCCAGCCUCCUAGCCCCUCAGAGGAUCCCAACACUGUCCCCUGGGAGGCAUCUCCCAUGGUCACUUCCCUAGACCUCCCUGUCAUGGCCAUGCUUCGUGCCCCUAAAGUGUGGCUCCUACCACACCCUUCGCCCCUCCCCACCCAGGCCAAUGGGGUCAAGGGUCACAGUGAAGCCAUAGCCACUUCCGCACCCUCCCCAGCCUCAGAGACCCAGGCCAGUCCCCAGGACCCCAUCCACCCAGAAGUGUAUUCCUUGCCCACUUCCUUGGGCCUGACAGGACAAGAUAGAGAGGCCAUGUUCCUGACAUUUGGUGACCAUGAAGCAGGAAGUCCCACGGCCCCCUCACAGGUAGCCAUGGAUACACAAGCUGGAACCAGUCCUAACUCUCCCAGGGCAGAUUUUGGAGAAACUGGGGAGACCAGCCCCACUGGACUAGGCAAAACUGAGCACCCCAGAUCCAGCCCACAGGCUUCUGUGGAUAGGAAAGUGGCAGCAGAUUUCACCCCCAUGGAGAUGGCUACGGAGGCCCUGGGAGGAAGAGGCAUCUCAGGGUCUGGGUCUGGAGUCUUCAACACAGCAAAGAGCCCCACUUCCAGCUCACAGGCCACCAUGGAAGAGGCACAGGGCAUGUGGCCCUCACUACACAGUGAACAGCUGGACCCCUACCCCACCUCUGCACCAUUGAGGGGCCCCAGAGUCUCCCUGAAUUUGGAGCCUUGGGCUGCUACAGACGGAGGAGGUACAGUAGGUCCUGUGGAUUCCACAGCCAUGGGGGACUCCAGUGAUGCUGAUGGGAUUUGGAAACCUGGAUCUCGUAUGGUUGAAAGAGAUGAAAGCCCCACCAUGAGCCCUCUGGUGGCCGUGGAUAAAAAUGUGGUGACAUCCCUCAUGUCCCUGGACCAGGGGGACAAGGGUGAGGUCCUGGCCACGUCCACAAUGGACUCCUCCAGCUCCCAACCCUACCCAGAGCCAGAGGGCCAGAUGGUGACCUGGGGAACACAGGGAGCCUCAGCUCUUCCACACGAGGGCAGCCUCCCUGGGAAGCCUGCUCGUGCUCCUUGGACAUUUACAGCGGCCAGCACGAGCAAGCCUGUGUCAGAGUCCUUGGGGGAGCCUACAGUGCCGUGGGACUCCCCCAGCAUCCUGCCGCCCACCCCUUGGGUCCUGGACAAGUUUGAGCUGGAGGUCCUUGCAGGGAGUGCCAGUGUGGAGGAGGCAGCAAGUGGAGAGGAGCCGGCCCUGCAAGGGACCUCUGCAAAUGGGAAUGCAGAGCAAAACAGGGACACCCUGGCAGAGGCACCAGCCUGGCCAAAGGCAGGAGAUCGAGUUGACAUGUUCCUGAGGCACACCCCCUUGGAUCCCUGCGAAAACAACCCUUGCCUGCACGGGGGCACCUGUACAGCGAACGGCACCAUGUAUGGCUGCAGCUGUGACCAGGGCUUUGCUGGGGAGAACUGUGAGAUCGACAUUGAUGACUGUGUCUCCAGCCCCUGCGAGAAUGGAGGUACCUGCAUCGAUGAGGUCAACAGCUUCGUCUGCCUUUGCCUCCCCAGCUAUGCGGGCAGCCUCUGUGAGAAAGACACAGAGGGCUGUGACCGUGGCUGGCACAAGUUCCAGGGCCACUGCUACCGGUACUUUGCCCAUCGACGAGCAUGGGAGGAUGCCGAGAGGGACUGCCGCCGCCGAGCUGGCCACCUGACCAGCAUCCACUCACCUGAGGAGCACAGCUUCAUUAACAGUUUUGGACAUGAAAACACAUGGAUUGGCCUGAAUGACAGGAUCGUGGAGGGGGAUUUCCAAUGGACGGACAACACGGGGCUGCAAUAUGAGAAUUGGCGAGAGAACCAACCAGACAAUUUCUUCGCCGGCGGGGAGGAUUGUGUGGUGAUGGUGGCACACGAGAGUGGGCGCUGGAACGAUGUGCCCUGCAACUACAACCUCCCCUAUGUCUGUAAGAAGGGCACAGUGCUGUGUGGUCCCCCUCCAACAGUGGAGAAUGCUUCACUCAUUGGUGCCCGCAAAGCCAAAUACAACAUCCAUGCCACUGUACGCUACCAGUGUGAUGAAGGUUUUGUCCAGCACCACAUGUCCAUCAUCCAGUGCCAGAGCAAUGGCAAGUGGGACCGGCCCCAAAUCGUCUGUACCAAACCAGCCAGAAGGUCCCAUCGAAUGCGGCGACACCAUCACCACCACCAACACCACCACCAGCAUCACCACCAUAAAUCACGCAAGGAGCGUAGAAAACACAAGAAACACCCAGUGGAGGACUGGGAGAAGGAGGAAGGGAAUUUCUGCUGAAGAACUAGGCAAAAGAAAGCACAACCCCCUUCCACACCUCCUCUGGAGCCUUCGCCUGGGGAGACAGAGUCCAGAGAGAAACAAGAGGGUCCAGAAGCCCCUGAGCCCCAAACCACACCCCCCAUAAUCCUUUGUAAAAAGCCCCUCUCUCCUCUUUCUUACAUAUACAGGUCCUCUUGGCAGGUGCAGCCAUGUGUCCGAAAAUCCAGUUCCAGUCAGGCUGGACUCUGGGAGAAUCUCCCAGUAGAGGGAAGCACAAUCGGCAAAGAUCAUUCUUUGCUGCCCUGGUUUAGGCCAGGCUAAUGGCUAGUUACUGAAAUAAGGCUUUGAUAAGGGUGUGAGAGUGUAUGUUUUGAUUUCCACUGAGGAAUUGCUUUUCAUACCAGAGAUGCAGGCUUUGUAAACUCUCAGAUGUCCUAAAUGCAGCCUUUGGUUAAGGUCACUGUCUUUGGGAGUAGAAAACCACAUGGAAGCACACUGCUUGAACUUGAGGACUGCUCUUCUGUUACCUUGGACUUGAACCCAAGUUCAGUCUUUGGUCUUGGUGGAUAAACAGUGUUGAACUCCUAUGUACUGAAUUUUAGGAAUGUUUUUAGAAUACCCUCCUUCCAUGCCCUCAGAGUUAGGGGUCAGAAUAGUCAGAGCAAUAUGUGGGCAAUAAGGGAAGGUGUAUUGCUUAUCCUCCCAGGUCUUGUCCCAGUGCUGAGAUUUGGUGGUUCUGCAUGUGUGGUAAAUCACACACACACACACACACACACACACACACACACACAGAUGAAAGGAUAUUUAGGGCUUGACAAGCCCAGAUUUCUUCCCCCUCCAUCUCUCAGGGAGACAAAAACCUCCUUCCUGGACCAAGGAGGUGCCAAGUUUUCUAGCUCAGUGCCAGUGCCCAUCCCUCAAGAAGACCUUGGCAGUGCACUGCCCUGGGUCCCGCCCUCACCCCAUCCCUGUCCAUCCAUUGCCUGGGAGACUGGAAAUGCUUAAAAACUGAAGUAGUGACACCUACCUGCAGUCAUGUUGUGGAGAGACUCACUGUGCUAAAAACUGAAGCAUAUACACACAUUUUUCUCUCAUCGUUUUUAAAAAAUGUUUUAAGUGGGAAAGAGCUCACCUGGCCUUCCCCCAACUUUGCAACCUAUAAAAGGACUUUCCAAGCUGAAGUCUGGGAAUCCAGCCCCUCCCGAUCUCUAGGAGGAAAGAUCCACAGCUUUUCUUCCCUAUUUUUUCUAUGCUCAGCCCCUCCAGUCUGGGUAAAUACCUGCGGAUUAGUGUUAAAAACCCACUGGAAAAUGACCCUCUGCAGGAAAGAAACAUAAACAAAUAUAUGGUCCCUCUAAAGGUUCAGUAGAGAAAGGAAUGUGUGGCCUAUAUCUGUCCUGGGAAGUCAUACAGUUGACAACUUUGGAGUGGGUACCACUCUAAAAACUUACACACUAUCUCCUUGAAUCUUCUCAACAGCCCAUUGGCUUAGGAACCAUUAUGCUCCCAUUUUAGACAUAAUGAAACUGAGGCUCAGACAAGAGAAUGGCACUGGCUUGAAGUCACAGCCAAGACAGAAGUAAGGGUUUACUCCUGCUUCCGUCUGACUGCAAAUGCUGUCCUAUGCUUUGGGGAAGGAAUUGGAAUAUAAUUGUGCUCCCUCCCACACACAUAGGCAGAUUUAGGAAAAGAUUGAGAAGUGCAAACUAGACCCUCAUCCUUGACCAUGGUCUUUCAUCUUCCCUGCAAUAGAUAUUGUCCACUGUUCCACCAUACUGUCAUUGUUGAGAAAGCCCAGGGAUAUAGGUUUGCCUUCUUGUUUUGAUAAUUCUUGUUGGUUUAAAAAUAUAAUAACACAUCUUCAGCCAUCCAUGUCACAAAAGAAUUUUCCUUUGUUGGGGGUGCUGGAGAUGCAACUUUUUUGGGGGGCAGGGUCUUAGUUUAUGAUCCCUGCCCUUGGCCCCCUUGUAUGCUUGCCCUGCCCCCACCCCACCUCUAUGGUGGGAAGGGGUUCUGGUCUUUUCUAAAGUGGGUGGUUUGUCUUUUGGUCUUUUCCUUUGGGAUGUGUGUGUGUUUGUGUGUGCCACAUGUGUGGCAUGCAUGUGUGUGCGUGUGAACAGCUUUGAGUUCCACUGGUUUUGCUGUGAGCUACAGUUAUCUGUGGGUCUGUGGCAUCUGACACUGUGGACAUUAAUGUACUUC